ACAGCCCAGCCAUAGAGCAAGCUGAUGACACCAUACCACAGCAAUCCCCUGCCUCACAGCGGAAGGCCCAGAGGCCCCAUUCCAGAGCGGCAGUGUGGAUGGAGGAUGUCCCCAGCUGCCAGCCACUUCCCCGUUUCAAAGGUGAACACAGUAAAAUUUAUGACAAGUGCACAAUCAGACAAUAGAGGAGCAUAAAAGCAGGAGGGAGAGUGACAGCCCAUCCAUCUGCAGAAACGGUUCAUGCAAGGCCCGAGACACCUGGAGGAUUCUGGCAUGGGGCUACGACCACACAUUUUCCUCCUGGGGCUGCUCCUGCUUCUGGGCCAAGGGACCACCCAGGCCCAUACUUCUCCUGGAGAAAAUACAUUGGAAGAGCAGUUAUGGCCAGAGACCCUGAAGAAUUUUCUGUUAUGCAACCCAAAGAAGUCAGGAUCCAGUGUGCCUUCUAAGUCAGUCCACUCUCUGAGACCUUCUGAUAUUAAAUUUGUGGCAGCCAUUGGCGAUGUGGAAACUCCUCCAGACUCAGGGACAGUCGACGUGGAGAAGCAAAAAUGGACUGACAAACUGCCACAGCAGGAGUGCUUGGGAGUGGUGACAGUCCUUUCAGACGUCAUCAGACACUUCAGUCCCUCUGUUCUGAGGCCCGUGUGUGCCCCUAGGGAGAGAGUGAUACCCUCCACUGGUGCUGAAGACUUAUGGAUUCAGGCCAAAGACCUGGUGAGGAGCAUGAAGGAGAACCAGCAACUUGACUUUCAAAAUGACUGGAAGCUCAUCAAUGUGUUCUUCAGUAAUGCAAGCCAGGAUCACCUAUGUCCCUCCACCCAACAGGAAAGCCGUGUGACGAGUGGCAUGGACAAGCUGACUAGAACCCUGGACUACCUGCACCAGGAGGUCCCCAAAGCAUUUGUGAACCUGGUGGAUCUCUCUGAGGCGAUGGGGGUCUCUCCCUGGCAUCAGGGGACCCAGCUCAGCCCUGCAGCAGAGCCCCAUGGGUGCUCAGAGACCUCUAGGCUGUCUAAGGCUGUGGCACAGUGGUCCUAUCAGGAAAGCUGGGAACGUCUCCUGGCCUCCAGCAAGUAUAACGAGCAGGGGUCCUUCGCGGUGGUUUUCCAGCCCUUCUUCUACGAGACAGCCCUGUUGGGGGAGCAGCCACUCCAGGAUCCCACCACACUCGCCUUGAAUCUCUGGAACAACAUGAUGGAGCCAGCAGGACAGAAAGAUGAGCCAUUCAGCGCAAAAGAGAGGAGGCCGGUGAAAUGUCCUUCUGAGGAGAAUCCCUAUCUGUUCACCUACAGGAACAGCAACUACCUGCCCAUGUCACCAAAACUCCAUGAGAGGCUUGAGGUGAGAGAAGGAACGGAAAUCGAGUGCCCUGACAAGGACCCCUCCGACUCGAUUCCCACCUCAGUUCACAGGCUGAAGCUGGCGGACAUCAAGGUAAUCGGAGCACUGGGCGACUCUCUCACGGCAGCUAACGGGGCCGGGUCCACACCUGGGAACUUGCUGGACGUCUUGACUCAGUAUCGAGGCCUGUCCUGGAGCUGCGGCGGCGACCAGAACCUGAGCAGCGUCACCACCCUGCCCAACAUCCUCCGGGAAUUCAACCCUUCCUUGAUGGGCUUCUCUGUUGGCACUGGGAACGAAAACAGUCCUGGAGCCUUCCUAAACCAGGCCGUGGCAGGAGCCACAACUGAGGGGUUACCUGCUCAGGCCAGAAGGCUGGUGGACCUGAUGAAGAAUGACAUGAAGAUAAAUUUUCAGGAAGAUUGGAAGAUAAUAACCUUGUUUAUAGGAAGCAAUGACCUCUGCGAUUUCUGCAAUGACCCGGCCCGCUAUUCUCUCCAGAACUUCACAGACAACAUUGGGAAGGCUCUGGACAUCCUCCAUGCUGAGGUUCCUCGGGCAUUUGUGAACCUGGUAAAGACGCUGCAGAUUUUCAACCUGAGGGAGCUGUACCAGGAGAGUAGUGUCAGCUGCCCAAGGCUGAUCCUCAGGUCUCUGUGCCCCUGUGUCCUGAAGUUUGACGACAACUCCACAGAACUUGCCUCCCUCGUGGAACUGAAUAAGAAGUAUCAGGAGGGGACUCAUGAGCUGGUGGAGAGUGGGCGAUACGACACGAGGGAAGAUUUUACAGUGGUCGUGCAGCCGUUCUUUGAAAAAGUGGACAUGCCAAAGACCUCGGAGGGGUUGCCUGACAGCUCUUUCUUCGCUCCUGACUGUUUCCACUUCAGUAGCAAGGCUCAUGCCCAUGCAGCCAGUGCUCUCUGGAAUAACAUGCUGGAACCCGUCGGCCAGAAGACAACACAGCAUAAUUUUGAAAGCAAGAUCAAUAUCGCAUGUCCAAACCAGGUCUGGCCAUUUCUGAGCACCUACAAGAACAGCGUGCAGGAUCAUGGGAGCCAGCUGUCGUGCAGGGACACAGCUCCUUCUCCCUCGACGCCCACCUCAGUACACUCCCUGAGACCUGCAGAUAUCCAAGUUGUGGCUGCUCUGGGGGAUUCUCUGACUGCUGGCAAUGGAAUUGGCUCCAAACCAAACGACCUUCCUGACGUCACCACUCAGUAUCGGGGGCUGUCAUAUAGUUCAGGAGGGGACGGCUCCCUGGAGAAUGUGACCACCUUACCGAAUAUCCUUCGAAAGUUUAACGGCAAUCUCACAGGCUACGCGGUAGGCACGGGUGACGCCAAUGCCACAAAUGCGUUCCUCAAUCAGGCUGUUUCUGGAGCAAAGGCUGAGGAACUUACAAACCAAGUCCAGGCUCUGGUGCAGAGGAUGAAAGAUGACCAUAGAGUAAAUUUCCAUGAGGACUGGAAGGUCAUCACGGUGCUGAUUGGAAACAGCGAUUUGUGUGACUACUGCACGGACUCGAAUCUGUAUUCUGCAGCCAAUUUUUUUGAGCAUCUCCGCAACGCCUUGGACAUCCUGCACAGAGAGGUGCCCAGAGCCCUGGUCAACCUCGUGGACUUCAUGAGCCCCAGCGUCGUGCGGCAGGUGUUCCUGGGGAACCCAGACAAGUGUCCGGUACAGCAGGCCAGUGUUCUGUGUAACUGUGUUCUGACCCCGCGGGAGAGCUCCCAAGAGCUGGCCAGGUUGGAGGCCAUCGCCCAAGCCUACCAGAGCAGCAUGCGUGAGCUGGUGGAGUCGGGUCGCUACGACACCCAGGAGGACUUCUCUGUGGUCCUGCAGCCUUUCUUCCACAACAUCCAGCUCCCCAUCCUGGCGGAUGGGCACCUGGAUUUGUCCUUCUUCGCCCCAGACUGCAUCCACCCAAGUCAGAAAUUCCACUCCCAGCUCUCCAGAGCCCUCUGGGUCAACAUGCUUGAACCACUAGGAAGGAAAAUGGAUACGCUGGACCUGCCAGCAGACAUCCCCCUCUCCUGCCCCACUCAGAGCGAUUCCUUCCUGAGAACUUCCCGGAACAGUAACUACACAUACCCCACCAAGCCAGCCGUUGAGAACUGGGGCAGUGACUUCCUGUGUACCGAGUGGAAUCCUCCCAACAGUGUUCCCACCUCGGUCCAUGAGCUCCAACCAGCAGACAUCAAAGUGGUGGCCGCCCUGGGUGACUCCCUGACUACAGCCGUGGGAGCCCGCCCAAGCAACACCAGUGAGCUACCCAUGUCCUGGAGGGGACUUUCCUGGAGCAUUGGAGGGGAUGGAAUCUUGGAGACCCACACCACACUGCCCAACAUUCUAAAGAAGUUCAACCCUCACAUCCUCGGGUUCUCCACCGGCACACAGGAGGAGACGGCAGGACUGAAUGUAGCAGUGGAAGGGGCCAGAGCUCGGGACAUGCCGGCCCAGGCCCGGGACCUGGUGGAGCGAAUGAAAAACAGUCCUGAAAUCAACCUAGAGAAAGACUGGAAGCUGAUCACACUCUUCAUCGGGAGCAGCGACUUGUGUCAUUACUGCGAGCAUCCGGAGGCCUACUCAGCUGGGGAAUAUGUUCAGCACAUCCAGCAGGCUCUGGACAUCCUCUAUGAGCUUCCAAGGGCUUUCGUCAAUGUGGUGAAGGUCAUGGAGCUGGCUGGCCUGUACCAGAGCCAAGGCGGGAAAUGCUACAUGUCACUGGGAGCUCAGAGCAACUGCACUUGCCUCAGACGCUCCCAGGACAACUCCUCAGAGAUGCAAGAACUGAAGAAAGUGAACUGGAACUUCCAGAGUGGCAUUUCCAGGUUCUCCUACCAGCACCAGUACCUGCAGCGUGAGGACUUCGCGGUGGUCGUGCAGCCCUUCUUCCAGAACACUCUUGUCCCCUUGAGCGAGAGAGGAGACACUGACCUCACCUUCUUCUCGGAGGACUGUUUCCACUUCUCAGAACGUGGUCAUGCUGAGAUGGCCAUCGCUCUGUGGAACAACAUGCUGGAACCAGUAGGCCAUAAGACAACCGCCAACAACUUCACCCACAGCAGGACCAAACUCAAGUGCCCCUCUCCUGAGAGUCCUUACCUCUACACCCUGAGGAACAGCGGGCUACUCCAAGACCAGGCUGAAGCAGGCCCCCAGGUGAUCUCCUGGGCCGUGCCAGUAGCAGCAGGAGGUGGCCUCGCAGUUGGCGUUGGCACAGUCAUGGUGUGGAGAGCCAUACGAGGUCGCCAGAGGGAAAAUCUGCCAAUGAGCCUGAACAGUAUGGGCCUCUAGGCUCCCAGCCGUGUACAGGUGCUCAUCCUAAAUUUCCUAGCCAUGUUCCUCACCAGCGCUCCACCACAGCCACCCCUGGACACCACACGAAGAGCGCUUGCUUCGACACUGGGUGAUGUAGGAAGCCAAAGGGACAGUCACGACUUCUUGGAGCCUGGGGCCUAUGCUCCUGUAAUUAGCGAAUUUAAAUAAAGGCCAAAGUCAUUCUAUUCUUGGGUCAGCCUGGUCGAAGCUCUCGCCUUGCAUCUGUUGUCCAGCGCAGGUGCGGGAGCUGGAGCCUUUCAGGUUCUGGCUCAGCCAGAGCUGCCCAAGUGAUGGCCAACCAGAGCCCAGACCGGCACCUGGCAGGCUCCAGCCCAGCACCCAAUGAGCAUACCUGCAGUCACCAAACCUACUAUUUUAAACACGGGCAAAACACUGGUCACCAGGUGGUGGCUGGAAUUACGGACCUGGCCGGCCAGCACUCACUAUAAUCCAACACAUACCUGUUAUGCACCUGUUUUGUACCCACGACAACGUUGAGUCAGUGGUACCUCCAAGGCUGCACGUGCCACAGCCUGGCUGAAAAGACAAACUCCUUCAAAAAACAAGAAGCUCCACGACAGAGUGUAAUUCAGUACUGGGGCAUCGGUGGGUCACUGUGUCUGAUUGUUUGAGAAUAAGAGGAAUUUCUUGGGAAAAGUUUCCUGGAAGAGAGCGAUUUUGAAACGUCAAAAAAAGAAUUGGGACAUGAAUACUUCACAUAUCCUCAACCUGGUCUCCUCAAGGUGCUGAAUUUAGGAAAGAAUUCCUCCUUCUAUGUUGCCAGGUUUCUGAGAGAGACCCAGAGAGAGUCUGAUAACACAGGCUGCAGUCAUUCAGCCCCUGCCAGGAGCCAGGCCCUGGGCCGAUGUCUUACAGAUUCUUUUAUUCUGCACAAAAACUCAGGGAGAGCGUGAUGAAAAGUUUUGAAAAUAGAAGCAGUGGUUGCACAACAUUGAGAAUGCUCUAAAUGCCACUGAAUUGUUCACUUUAAAAAGGCUAAUUGUAUGUCAUGUGAAUUUCACCUCAAUAAACCGAAAGGAAUCCAUUACCUACGUUCUAAGUACCUCUCUGUUCCCAAAGCUUGGGAUGACAAAGAACAGGAUAGAGCAUUUGAAUGUGGCCUUCAGAGCAAAGCCCACCAGCAGCCGGAACCCCAGUCUCUCAGACACCUCAUCUGUAAAACUGGAAUCAGAGCAUCCAGCUCGCCUCCUUCACGGCACUGAUGGAAAACAAGAAACGUAUAUAAAAAUGCUCUAACUCUAAAAUACUGCACCUACGAAAGCGGGUUGUUUUCUCUCCCGUGAAGAGUUGAGAUGGAGUCCAGACUGUCAGGGAAGUGGAGAGGUGCAGAGAGAGGUUUGGGAGUUGGGCAGUAACGUAUGGAUGAAGACUGCCUGCCUUCCUCUCAUGAAAGCUUAUCAUCUUAUCUCUCUUUGGAAAAAUAGGAGAGAGUCCCCAGAGGAUUGAGGUCCAGUCCCAGUGUUCUUCUGGGCUUCAAUUUCUGUUUCUGUAUGAUAGGAACAGCAUACCUACUCCCACUUCCUCCUAUGGACCAAAAAACAUAGUGACUGAAUCACACAUAUCCUAAAGAACCACCACAUCCCAGCUUGUGUUCCUGGCUUACCACAGUGUCACAACAAAGAUAACCUGUUAAACCCAAGAGUUCAGCUUUUUUUUUUUUUUUUUUGGUGGGGAAGAUUGGCCCUGGGCUAACACCUAUUGCCAAUCCUCCUCUUUUUCGCUUGAGGAAGAUUGUCACUGAGCUAACAUUUGUGCCAGCUCUGCUUUCCUGGCCAGGGUGGAAAAGCUGUUCCCAAGCAGGCCUCAGAUCGAGCUGGCCUGGAACCAGGCUCCCAGGAGCAGGCCAAUUUGGGCCCAGCUCCCUAGCAACAGGGCGCUGUUAGGUAGGAGCAAGGGCUCACCAGGCUUCAGCAAAAGGAGACCACUCAAGUGUGCACCCCCGUAUCUCUGUGCGAUGUCCAAAGACUUGUCACUAUAAGCUUGAUCCACUGUUCUGGCAGCUAGCACUACAGUACGCCAAGGGAACAUGUGCCCUCCUGGAGAGGCCCCAAGUCCACCCCUACUGGGCCCUGGCUGCACCAUCCAGCAACAACACGCUGCCAUCAGGAUGCUUGCACGCAGUGCUGGGGGAGCAGGCACAUAAAAGUGAGGAGGAGAAGAAAUAGAGGCUUUGCCUAAACGCAUUCCACACGGUCCAUGUUCCAGUCAUUUGAACGUCGUUCUUCAUGAUCAGUUCAAGUCUCCGGCACAGUCAGGCUCAGUGAUUGAAGAAUCCACACUGAACAGGACGUAGGCGAGUUGAGGAUCAGACAGGAGCAAAGGAAUUCUAAUCCUGAAUUCUUAUGAAUGAUCCUAUUUCUUCAACUGUAAUAAAACAGGGAUAAUGUCUACCUUAAAA